AUGCCUGCUGGCCCCGGGCACAGGCUGCCCGUNNNUGCGCUCCUCCUCUGCCUCCUCCUGCAGCAGCCAGGCAGCAGCAAGGCUUGGAAGCAGCAUGCCCCGCGCCUUCGCCUCGCCUACAAAGAUCUGCUGAAAUCCAACAGCUCUCGCCUGUUGCUGGCCUCAGGGGAUGGGCUGGAUUUCCAAGCCCUCUUAGUGGAUGAAGACAGGGCCUGGCUGAUGGUGGGAGCAAAAAACCACAUCUUCCUGCUCCACCUGGACCAUCCCACCAGAGAGCCUGAGAAGAUUUUCUGGCCAGCCUCCAGAGAGCAGGUCGAGCAUUGCCAGCUGGCGGGGAAGAACAUGGAGACAGACUGUGCCAACUUCAUCCGCCUCCUCCAGCCCUUUAACAGGACCCACGUGUUCGCCUGUGGGACUGGCUCCUACCAGCCCGUCUGUGCCUUCAUCCAGCUGGGAGCCCGAGGGAAGGGCCCUGGGGCUCCCCCCAUGAGACUGGUGACCCACUCCUUGGAAUCGGGGCGAGGACGGUGCCCAUACAGCCCCCACGAACCCUUCACAGGACUCCUUGUCGAUGGGGAGCUGUACUCGGGCACCUCCAGUGACUUCAUGGGCAGCAGCGCUGCCUUCUUCCGGACCUGGAUCCACGGGGCUGAGCAGAGCUACAUCCGCACAGAGCAAAACCAGGACCACUGGCUACAUGAGCCCACGUUUGUCAGUGCCUACGCCAUCCCUGAUACCUACAACCCGCACGAUGACAAGGUCUACAUCUUCUUCCGCGAGACAGCCAUGGAAGCUGGGCAGUGGGAGAGGCGGCACAUCCAUGCCAGGGUGGCCCGGGUCUGCAAGAACGACGUUGGAGGGAAGCGCAGCCUCAUCAACCGCUGGAGCACGUUCCUCAAGGCCCGCCUGGUGUGCUCCAUCCCUGGGCCCCAGGGCACCGAGACCCACUUCGACCAGCUCGAAGAUGUUUUCCUCCUGCGCACCCGAGACCCCCAGAACCCCCUUGUCUUUGGUCUCUUCACUGUCUCCAGCGGUGUCUUCAGUGGCUCUGCUGUCUGCAUCUAUUCCAUGGCUGCUGUGAGAGCUGCCUUCAGCGGCCCCUUUGCACACAAGGAAGGAUUUGACUACCGCUGGGUAGAAUACAAGGGCCGUGUGCCCUAUCCCCGUCCUGGCACGUGCCCCAGUGAGACAUACGACCCCCUCCUGCAGUCCACCAAGGACUUCCCCGACGAGGCCCAGCUGAUGUGGGAUCCUGUGUACCCACAGGGCCGCCAGCCCAUCCUGGUGAGGGUCAACGUACCUUACCGGCUGCGGCGGCUGCUGGUUCACAGGCUGGAGAUGGAGAACCGGCACUAUGACAUGCUCUUCCUUGGCACAGAUGAUGGUAAAAUCCUGAAGAUGGGGAUGGCCAGUGGGUUGAGCCGUAGCACCGAGGUGAUCAGCCUGGAGGAGAUCAGUGUCACUAAGGUGCCUUCUCCCAUCCUGGACAUGAAGUUUUCAGCAAAGCGG